GCGUCUGCUGCUGCAGACAGCAGUUUUUCCUCCGAGGCUCCCCUCGACAGAUCCCUGGCAGAGAAGACAGUCCCUGCCGGUGCGCCAGAGUGUCCCAGUUCUGCCUUGCGACGGUCUUCAAGAACGCGUGGCGCGAGGGACGACUUUGUCCUCCGGGUCGACAGCUCCUCCAAACUGCAGGACAUUCGAGUGCAGAUGAUGAAGCUCAUCGACGUGGCUCCCUUUGAUCAGCACCUGUCUCUUGGUGGAGUUGAGUUCACUGACUACUCGCGCACUCUCGUACAGUUGGGAAUCCAGCCAGACUCACUGCUCUACCUCUGGGUGGACUUGCCGCCUGCUGAUUCUGCGGACUUCGAACGUUCCAAGAAGACUGGCGGUGCACCAAGCUCAUCGGUGUCCUACUCGAAAACAUCUGAACCGGUAGAAACAGGCUUCAAGGGUACUCGUCUCCUAAACUCCUGGUCCCCGGAGGUUGCUGUCUCCAACGGUUCCUGA